AAUGUCCGGUAGUGAACACAUAACUACCGCAGACUGUACACAACUCCCACCACCUACAAAUCCCCUUGCCCCUCGCCGGCGCCUAUUAAUACCGAUUGUGCAAUCGCAAUCAGUUUUGUUGAGCUGUCAAUGAGAUACGUUUUUCAAUUCUCUUUUCUUAGUAAUAAAAAAUUGACAAUUAAAAAAAUGAAAGUGAGACACCACUGUUGCUGCCAGGAUCCGUGCCGUUUCUGCCCCCGUCGAGCAGAAGUCACUACUGUGGAAGGCGCCCCACAUGAGUCCGGACCGCCCCCUUGCAGUAGGACUCUUUGUAGAGACGGAGACGCGGGUCCCUCUUCUGGAGACCUGAGUGCUCCCCCACCAGGCCCUCCAGGUCGCCGAGCUGCUUCCCCUGCUUCUUCAACUACUUCCUCUUCAUCGUCUUCGUCAUCGUCUUCAUCUUCUUCGUCGUCUUCGUCUUCUUCGGGCUCUUCACACCACAAACGCUAUCGUAAGAAGAAGCAUGGUAAAGAUAAGCACCAUAAGGUGAAGAAGCACUGGGGUAAACGAUGCGACCAUCGUAGGCCCAUGAGCGAAUGUGGGUUCAAACAUAAGGGACACAAACGUGGACACAAGCACCAUGGUAAACAUGGUAAAAAAAAUAAACACUGAAAGCACAACUGUGACAAUGUUUUAAAUUAAAAAUCCUGCAUUGGGUUUGGGGUUUUUGUUUAUUAUGCAUAUUUUGUACAUCUAUGACAUGUAAUAUUAUAGAGUGUUUUAAUACAAUGGUGAAAACAU